AUGGACAUCGAUGUAAGUAAAGAGAAUAUCCAACCUUUGAGAGGUGGAAGGAACGCCUUGCAAUUAGGAGCUGCAUUACAAGCUCAAUCAGAUGUUGACGCUCAGAAGCAGCUGCAGCAACAAAAAGAUGAACAUGAAGCAGCAAUUAGGCAAUAUCAAGGCCCAGAUCCUUUAGACCCUUGGUUCAACUAUAUCCAAUGGGUUGAACAAUCUUAUCCAAAACACGGGCAUGAAGGUCACAUGGAUAAGUUGAUUAAGGAUUGCUUACAGUUAUUUGAAAGAGAAGAAGCAUAUUUCCAAGACAGAAGACUAGUUAAGUUGUGGAUAAAAUAUAUUGACUCAUUGUCAAAUCCAAUGGAAAUAUAUCAGAGACUUUACAACAUGGGCCUUGGUGUUGAAUGUUCUGAGUUUUAUAGAGCAUGGGCUUGCUAUUGUGAAGAGUCUGGGGAUUUCAAAAAAGCAAAUCAAGUGUAUAUGCUUGGACUGCAAGCCAAAGCCCAGCCUUUAGACGAACUCGAGCAGGCUCAUAUGAAUUUCCAGUUAUUUUAUGCCCAAAGAAUGUUGCAUGAUGAUUCACCAACUAAAAGGAAGGCAGCAUCUGCACUUGCAGAGACAAGGAUGGCUCUCACAUCUUUAAAGUCUUUUAAAAGGCGUAAUAUAGCAGCAGCACCAAUACAACGAGUGGGUGACAAUAUUAAGAGCAUAGUACCAGGAACUUUAAGACAACAAGGUCAUGACGGAAGGCAUCCAACUCAAAAUGUCAUGGUUAAUGUUUAUGAGGACGCGCCUUCGACAUCACGUGAAGCGGUGCCUGUAAGUGAAGACCCAGGACUCGCCUCUCUGCUUCAAGUAAAUAACGUGGAAAAUGAAAAAGAAGUUGGAAUGUGGACGAACCCUAAGACUAAAAUGGUACACUCCAAUAUUGUGCCCCAUCAGCCUCUGCCGUUUACACCAUAUGAAGAUUCAAAUGACGAGUUGCGGUUGCCUGCUAAUUAUUUGCCUUACUGCGUGGACGACUUAGUAUUCAAUGUGCCUCUAUGCGUACCUGAUCCUUCCGACCCGACUAAAAUACCAUGUUAUAACAAAGUUGAGGUGUAUGUAGGUGAUAAGGAAUAUAGUUUAGAAGAAAUUAGAUCGAGAAAAUACGAUUUAGAGAAAAAAAUCCGACCUGUUCAAGAAGUUGAAGAAAGACAAAACGAACAUACAAAUGAGACGUUUAUGCAAUGUAGUGCCUUGGAGACAUUAGCGAAUUGCGCUUUGGAUAGUGAACAUGACCAUAUGUCUCAGCUAAUGCCCCUACAGAUACCUUCUCUUCAGAAUGUUAAAGUCAACGCCAUACAUUCACCGGGAGAGCCUAAAGUACUAGUCAACCUCGAUUCGAAGGAACUAAGUAAUCAUGAAAGUAAAAAGGAUGAAAAAUACGAUAAAGAUAAUCAAAUGGAUGAGGCGGGAUACAAUGGUACAAAUUACCCCAAAAACAAUUUGAUGGAGGAGUUCAAUAGGAGUCUAAUGGGAAAUUUAUUGGGAGAUUCGGUGACAGUGAACACGAAAGAAGCGAGAUGGGAAUUGAGGAACAUCUUCAAUGAUAAUAAUGUUAUAGAACAAUCAAUGGUCCAACCAGUGGAAGAACAAUUUGAGGUUCCAAAGUUCGAUAUUCACGAAGACAGAUCCAUAACUAUGGCAUUGAAUACCAAAAAGAAUUACAAUAUAAAUGAUUCUCCAGAUUUGCCAAAUGACAAGGAAAAUGAUAAAAAAUUUGCACCUCCUACACCCAGUGUGCCUCAGGCUAACAAAACCGCAUACUAUGAAGAACCGUCCUGCACCCAAGUGUUCAAUUUAAAUGUGAAAAUGUCGAGUACACCCAACAUGUCUCAGUUCAAAAAACCUAUCAGUUGCAUAGAUUCAAGUAAAUUUUCCAUGCCAAAGUUUAAUAUUGACGAAAGUGCUAUGGACCAAGAUCACGUGAAAAGGGAAGAGUUGAAACCGGAUCAGCAUUUGACAGUUGAUAACCAAGGGGUUGGUUUAUCAGUAAUUAUGGAAGCUACGCGGGAAUACAACAGCAAAUCUGGAUCAAGCUCAUCUGGGCAAUCUACAAGAGGAAACUUUACCGGUUACACAACCAACUAUGACUCAAUGUAUAAUAAUGACCCUAUGCAGCAUAACAGCAAACGAGUAUCUUUAGCUUCACAAGCCAGAUUGCCCAACGGACAAUUCAGAAGUGCUCCCCAAAAACCUCAGGAAAAGCAAACUACAGUGCCUUACCAUACACAAGAACAACAGUAUCAAAAACAAGUACAAACUCAAUACAAUGGAUAUAAUUCACAAACAUCUAUGCAAUACCCACAAAACUACAGCUAUCAACACCAGCAAGCUUAUAAUAGCCAAGUUAUCAAUCAGCCACAGAUACAAGGCUAUGGAAGCCCCGUAUAUCACAGUCCUCAGCAUCCUGGUAUGCAAAGUCCUCACGAUGUCAAUGCCGCACAGUCUGUUCCUCCCGGAUUCCAAAGUCCCACAUAUUCCAACCAGGGCUAUAGAAGCCCGGGUCACGCUAUGAUGAGUCCCCAAAACCCUUAUCCUGGCCGCCAGGACUUUUAUCCAAAUCAACCCGAAAGACAGAGUUAUCCAACUCAACAAGCCAUCUAUCAAAGCCCAACUCAGCAACCUCAGUAUCAAAACCCUCAGUAUUAUCAAAGACCUAGUCAACUUCCUCAGAGCCAAGCGUAUAGCCAAAACUACAUGCACGCUCAAUAUAGUACGGCUAAUAUGUACUCUAAUACCAAUCAAACGAAUAGUCCCAAUUAUAGUACUGUCCAAAGUCCAUAUCGACAGCCUCCUAAACAUACGGAGAAUCAAAGUUUCGGCAUGCAAAACCAAUCUUUUCAAAUAUACCAAAGCCCCCAGCAAUCACAACAUAACUAUAGAAAUACCUCCGCCCAUAACCAUUCUCAGGUUCCUUAUGAUGUGCAAAUGAGACAUGAGAAUAGUUUAGCAAAUGCUGACGAAAGCGGCAAAAAUAAAAGUCAACCUCCAAAUAAGUGUCCGACAACAUCGAGAAAUGUCAAAGAACAGCCAAGCGCUAAGAUCGAACAAAAGUCUCCUGACGCUGGGUUCUCUAAUCAGUUUCUCAACUUCAUUACAAAUAGAAAUGAACCCAAAGAUAAUGCUAAUACUCCUAAAUUUACUAAUAGCCCAAGUAUUUCGCAAAAGAUGCAUAAAAACCUCUAUGUGUCGAGUCCAGAACAAGCUCAAAUACCACCUUCUUCUGGGCUAUCCGACUCCGACAGUAAAGACGGAAUGACUGCGCAAUCGGCUACUCCUAUACAAUCUGCGAAAAUUUCACAUAUGGUUGACAAAAGUAAAGAUGUCUCCAAACGUCAGCUGGACUUCGAACAUCGUGUAGACAUUCAUUCUGAAGACAGCAGAGAUUCUGUUAACAAAGAUGGCCGAUACGUCGGGUCACGGCAUUCUGAUUAUGGAAUGGAUGUUGAUAGCGAAAAUAGUAUGGACUGCACUGCUUAUAAAUCUAAUCAUUCCAUAUCUAUGGUAUCUACAUCGGACAUACCUCGACCAGCUGACAUUGAAUUUCCUAAAAUAAUUGAUCCAUUUAAUAAGAAAAUCUUGUCUAUACCCAAACUUCAGUUAGCGACUUUAGUAACUGUUGGUGGAAGCAAGUUUUCCAUAGAAAAACAGUUGGGAAAAGGGAAUUACGGCGCAGUAUUCCUAUGCCUAGAUAUCAACAGUAACAAAUCGGUUGCCGUGAAAUAUCAGAAACCAAGCCGGCCCUGGGAAUUCUAUAUUUGCCAAGAAAUAAAGGCUAGAAUAAAAAAUCCAUUCAUGCUUCCAGGUUACAUGGAUAUAAGCACAGCAUUUCUUGGAGAUAAUGCAAGUUUGUUUGUAUCUGAAUAUUCUAAAUAUGGAUCCUUACUAGAUGUGGCUAAUAAAGUUCGCGUAGCUACCUCAAAAUGUAUUAACGAGCUUAUAGUUAUAUUAUUUACGGCUGAAAUGUUAUCUAUAGUACAUUAUCUUCACAAGGCGCAGAUUAUACAUGCUGAUAUUAAGCCAGACAACUUUUUGCUAAUGAAAAUACCCACUCAAGAAUGGCGAACUCCAUCACUGCAGUUGAUAGAUUUUGGAUGUGCAAUAGAUAUGUCUCUUUUCCCAGAGGAGACAACAUUUAGAGAGGUUAUCGCAACAGAAGGCUUCACUUGUACUGAAAUGAGAGAAGGAAAACCAUGGACAUAUCAAACAGAUUUGUACUGUCUAGCUGGCACUAUACAUGUUAUACUAAUGGGUAGCUACAUGAAGGUGGCUAAUCGUCUUGGGCAGUGGAAUAUUGAUAAAAAAUUACCAAGGUACAUGAAAGUAAGUUUAUGGGAUAAGAUAUUUACAACGCUACUCAAUGUGCCUGAUUGUAAUAACCUACCAGAUCUAAUGGAUCUUAAAGAGAACAUCUUGAAUGAAAUAGACAAUGUGAGCUAUCAUCUUCGCACCUUUGCUAAUGUGCUUAAGUCAAGGUAA